UCAUGCUUUUUGGACACUUUAGGGUCAGUCACCUGUCACUGCUGUAGGCUUGAAGACCGCCUGCAGGAGCUGUCAAGAGCAUAAACAAGAGCCAGCUGAGAAGCGCCAGAACAAACAAAUGAAGGACCAAGAGCCACAGGCCUGCUGGCAGGACCGGGGGCGAUGGUCGAGCUACGAGGAGAGCUUUGACCCCCAGGUGGGGAUGUGGGCGUCCACACAGAUCUCUUACCUCACCUUCAAGAGCCUCAUACAACUUCGACGCGUCAUGAACUCUGGUGUAACAAUAUUUGACUGCGAGGAGAAGACCCUCUCCAGCAUCGCAGAGAAGAUGGUGAGCGAGAUGGCCAACAAGAAGGAGAUCAGGUCCGCAGACAAAGAAGGAGUAUUGAAAUCUCUGCUCCAGAACCGCAGUCAGUCAGCUGAUCCGGAGAACCAGGCACUGACUGGAGGAGCAGACCUGCAUAGGUUUUCAGUCAAAGAACAAAAGGGCGAUUCUGAUCAAGUUGAGGCCUGUAUGGUUUUAGUGGGAGCCAUGGACUUCCUGGAGAAACCCACAGUCGCCUUUGUGCGCCUCAAGGAAGCCGCCGUGCUCGAGUCGGCCUUGGAGGCACCGGUUCCUGUGCGGUUUGUCUUUGUCCUGAUUGGCCCCACCAAAACUGACAUGGAUUACCACGAGACUGGCCGUGCAAUGGCAGCAGUGAUGGCUGAUAAGUUUUUUAAUCAGGCAGCGUUUCGAGCGAGAACUGCAAGAGAUCUUACAGGCGCAUUGGUGGAGUUCUUGGACUGCAGCAUCGUCAUCCCACCCACUGAGAUCCAGAACGAAUCCAUGCUUAGCUCCAUCAUCAGCUUCCAGAAGAAAAUAUUGAAGGACAGAGCGCAGACGCCUGACCUCAUGCCCCGUCGGGACUCCAAAACUCGCAGAGUUUCCAUUGCAAGUGGAGUUUCUCUAGAAGAUCCGCUCUCGCGGACGGGUCGCCCAUUUGGUGGGAUGAUUCGGGACAUAAAGAGGCGCUACCAGUACUACAAGAGUGACAUCACAGAUGCACUUAACGCUCAGGUUAUUGCUGCUAUCAUCUUUAUCUACUUUGCUGCCCUGUCUCCUGCCAUUACCUUUGGAGGACUGCUGGCUGACAAAGUGGAAAACAUGAUGGGUGUUUCAGAGCUUCUCAUUUCCACAAGCAUUCAAGGAAUCAUUUUUUGCUUCGUUGCUGCACAACCCAUCUUGGUUAUUGGGUUCUCAGGUCCUCUGUUGGUGUUUGAGGAGGCUUUCUUUGCUUUCUGCAAGUCUCAGGACAUCGAGUAUAUCGUUGGGAGGGUGUGGGUCGGAGUGUGGCUGGUCAUCAUUGUGGUGACCAUAGUGGCCUUUGAGGGCAGCUUCCUGGUGCGCUUCAUCUCUCGUUUCACUCAGGAGAUCUUCUCCAUCCUCAUCUCCAUCAUCUUCAUCUAUGAAACGUUUUCCAAGUUGGGGAGGACCUUCAAGGCUCAUCCUCUGAUUCUAAACUACGAUCAUCUGAACGCUACUUUGGAAAAUCCCUGGCAUCCAAAAAUGGAGGAGACUGUCAUUUAUGACAACUCAACCGGCAACAUAACUGUUGUCGUCAAUACUAUCAAGCCUCCGUACCCCAACACAGCUCUGCUGUCCAUGUGCCUCAUGUUUGGAUGUUUCUUUAUUGCCUUUUUCCUGCGCCAAUUCAAGAAUGGGACAUUUCUUCCAGGAAAGGUCAGGCGUUUGCUUGGGGACUUUGGCGUGCCCAUUGCUAUUUUCCUCAUGAUUCUUGUUGACUACAACAUCGAGGAUACCUACACUCAGAAACUGGUCGUUCCCAAAGGCCUGAUGGUCUCCAACCCAGCCAAAAGAGGCUGGCUGAUCAACCCUUUCGGAGAACACAAGUCCUUCCCCGUCUGGUUGAUGUUUGCAUCCUGCAUACCAGCCCUUCUGGUUUUCAUCCUCAUCUUCCUGGAGUCUCAGAUCACAACCCUGAUCAUCAGCAAACCUGAGAGGAAAAUGGCCAAAGGUUCCGGGUUUCACUUCGACUUGCUGGUUUUAGUCGGCAUGGGGGGACUCAGUGCAAUAUUUGGUGUGCCGUGGCUAAGUGCGACCACAGUGAGAAGUGUGACCCAUGCCAACGCUCUGACCGUCAUGAGCAAAGGACCAAAACCUGUGAUAGAAAAAGUGAUGGAGCAGAGGAUAAGUGGUAUCGUGGUGGCUCUACUGGUCGGUCUCUCGAUUCUAAUGGAGCCAAUUCUGAAGCUGAUUCCCAUGUCGGCCUUGUUCGGGAUCUUCCUCUACAUGGGGGUCACAUCCCUGAAUGGCAUUCAGCUCUGGGAUCGUAUGCAGCUACUUCUCAUCCCAAAGAAAUACCAUCCAAAUGAGCCUUACGCCACCAGAGUGAAAACUGGGCGGAUGCACUUGUACACAGGCAUCCAGGUGGCCUGCCUCGUGGUUUUGUGGGUUGUCAAAUCCAGUCCUGCAUCCCUCGCCCUUCCCUUCAUUCUCAUCCUCACCAUCCCUCUGCGCAUGUUCAUGACCGGCCACCUCUUCACUGAAAUGGAAAUGAAAUGCUUGGACUCUGAUGACGCCAAAGUGACAUUUGAGGAGGAGCCCGGACAAGAUGUAUACUGUGAAACUCAGAUGCCGCUAUAAGUGUUUUCACUACAGCUGCUGGAACUGUUUGAGUUAAAAAUGUACAUUUAUUUUAUUUAAAGCAUAUCAAAGAGUAAAUAUAAUGCCUUUUUUUUAAAUGAUAUGUAUUUAUCCCCAAAGCACAAUUUUGCUGUGUAACAGAACUGACUGACCUUAAAGCUCACAUAUUAAACUGAUGUGGCUGCU